GGCGACGCGACGCACUUUCCAACUUUUCAACUGAGUGAAUGUCGCUUUGGUAAAACUGAACUGAAGUGUGAUAGUGAAUGAAARUAAAUAGAAGCUGAAACGCUAAAAAGUCAGUAGCGGUAUUGUUGUUGUUGUUCUUCAUACAAAGGCAUUCGAGAAAUCGAUAAGGAAAACAAGUGCAAAAGUGAAAGAAACGUAAAAAGGAAACACAAAAGUAAAUAACGAUAAUAAAAAAAAAACAGUGUGAAGGAAGCAAAGGAAAGUGGGCUUAGUGCAAUGUGCGCAAAGUGGGCCGCCAGCUAAAUAGGGGAGGAGCGCACGGCAGAGCAGAGAAGGCAGCGGCUCGUGAAUUGUUGUUAAAAAUCAAUAUAAAUAUUAACACCAUUUGAGGCUAUUGAAAGUUUAAUUAAUUUCAAAUUCAAUACAAAUAAUUAAACACAUAAUUAAUCAAUAUAAAAUAAAAUAUCCAAGAUGAAGCUACAAAAGACAGAUAAAAUGCUCAAAGUGCGCGAAUUCAAUGAACUGCUCAGCUGUCAUMUUUGCGGCGGCUAUAUGAUAAAUCCUACAACAGUGGAUAAUUGUUUGCACACAUAUUGCCGCAGCUGUAUUGUGCAGCAUUUACAUCGCGAGRCUUCUUGUCCACAAUGCAAGGAAGUCGGAGGGUUCAAACAAAUUAAUAUGGGCAAUUUGCGGUCGGAUGAUGUAAUGCGUGCGUUGAUUUUUAAAAUGGUGCCCGGUCUAUACCAAAAGGAACGGGAGCGUGCAAUACAAUUCAACGUGGCACAACUUAAUAGUCAGCAACGCAUAAAUGUUGAGGAAGCAUCCAACGUUGUCAGCAGAGAGCAGGAGACAGUUGAAGAGAAUUUCUUUGCGCCUAACGAACCAAUUAGUUUGUCAUUGGAAUAUCAUCCGACAUUGCUGAAGGGCUGCAGCACGAGUCAAAUACCGCCUGUGCGUUAUCUACAGUGUCCAGCUUGCUUGAAGAUACGUCACUUGAAACGUUUCCUCUGUUCCAAAUUCGACAUUGACCCCGAGAGUAAGCGUAUCGAGGUGGAAGUGAUUUAUGAGGAUGAGGUGUUGCCAAAUGAUUUUACGCUAAUGGAUGUUGGCUAUUGUUACAACUGGAAGAGGCAUGCACCUAUGCAAUUCACCUAUCGCAUACUUUUCUAUGGCAAUGAGUCUCAGCACCCUGCAAAGCGUAUCAAUAAGGCCGAGGUCGAGGUGAAACAAAGUUCUCGCGUUGACACUGUAAAAACCACCGAAUUGAAACAAAAUGAACAUAUUAUGCUCUCUGACGAAGCCAGCAUUACAAACCUCUCUGCUGCAUCUAUUGUCAACUACAACAACAAUCAACAGACAUUGCAAAAAGCUCCUAAGGACAAGAGUAAAUCAUCAAAGUCUAUUAAAAUCACUUCAAAUAAAACAUACAAUCCGAGAAAUGAAGAGGUAAAUGCACCCGUAAAAAUGAUAUUUGCGCGCAAAUCGAGCGUUGAGAGCGGUAAGAAAUCGUCACCCAAGCGUAACAGCCACGAAGAUGUAACGUAUACUGUUACAAAUGAUUUCAAGAGYCUACGCAGCAAUGAUAUGCGUUAUAGCGAUUAUGCCGUCUCGUCCACCACGAGCAAUAGUAAUUCGCCAAAGAGUUCACCGAAGAGUGAACACCGUUCUACUAAACUUAUGGCGAAUGCGCACGAAUCAUCUCCACCACAAACGGUACAAAUCGUUGGAGCUUCAUCGGCGACGGUGCCGAAAUGUGACAUUGUCGUGAGCAUACCGCAGUCGCAGAUGCCGAAGUCGCCGUACUCGAUCGAUGAUGAAUUUGAGAAUGUAUCAUUGGCGCAGUUGAAAACCGCGAGUAAGAAAUCGCCUUCAAUCUCAACAACAACUAACGUAGAGUCACCAAAAGGUGGCUCGACUAGAAAUGUGCCAAAGUUAAAAAUUGAAUUGAAUAGUCUGAAGACACGUUUAAGCAUUUCGAAGCCCAAAUCGGCUGGUGUGUUGUCAAGUGCGGAGGUCUCAGAGAAACGCGAGCGUACCAAACAACGUAAACACUCAUUGGAUGAAGUAGCUGCGCCAUUGAAUGAUAGACUGGAYAUAGAGACCUAUGCGAAAAAUAUCGGCUUGCAGCCCAUAGAGGUGCUGACGCCACCUGAAUCGUGCGAAAAGCUCAAAUACAGUCCAAAUGCCUCCCCGCUUUCAUCUGCAUCCUCAACAACCAGUUCGUCGAAUAAUGCUUUUCCACUGACCACAACCACCGAACUCACUACGAAGACUACUUUCCAUAAGAAAAGGAAAAAGAAGCACUCGAAAGAUUCGAAGGAACCGAAGGAUAGUAAGCGGCGUAGAAUGCAUGCAGAAAUCUCCAGUAAACCGGAAGAAGAAAGCCUCAAAAUGAAGGUUAAGCUGACAGCACCACAUAACCAUAAAUCGCACAAGUCUGAAAGUUCUGGUACAAAGAAAAGUAGUGAUGAAAUGCGUAAAUCACCACCGAUUGUGAGAGAUGUCAAAGUGCUGGCAACGGCUACAAUUCCAGAUGUACCAGUGCCACCAGUAAAUGACAGUAUUUUGGCAUUGAACAAAACUCUCGGUGAGGAAUCGCGUAGCAUAAAUCAUCUCAUGAUGGAAAAGGAAAGAACCAAAGAGGUUGUCAAAGUGGUAAARGCGGAUGAAACAUUGCUAACGCUCCCACAGACAAAUUUGCUUCCAAAACCCUACAACAACAUAAGAGAUUCCAAAUUACCCGCUUCACCACCACUACCGCCCAGUCUCUUCAAGACGACGCCACUUAACUUCAACACACUCACAGUUACCAGCACAACAACGGGUCCAUCGAAGUCUACAAAUAACUCCUCCAAGCAAUUGGACUUGACUAAGGGCAAACAGCAAGUGCCACUGAUGACAAAACCGACCUCAGUACCGCAAUAUAACAGACAKGGUUCCCUAAGUGCUCCGAAACCACAUCCACAUUUCAUAGUUCCAAGCCUUCCACGACGCUCCUCACCUGGCACAAAUAGUUCGUAUACACCUUCGUCCAUAGCCAGUGCCAGUAGCAAACAGCUCGGUAUGCAAUUAAAACGCUCCGCCUCUUUGGAUGAGUCUUAUGCAAUUGGUGGACGUGCGAAGCAGGUUAAGCUCGAUGCGUCUCAGCGCAAGGCGCUUUAYGGCAGUUAUGCAAAUAAGCCGCUUACACCGCCAUCCACCAGCGUAAGCAUUARCAAACUGGCUGAUACUGCAACCAAUGUGCAAAGCUCUAGUGGCACUCAUAAUAAUGCAGUUACCAUCACGGCACGUCCACCGGGCGGCAUGACGCAGGAACAAAUGCGCUGGCAACUACCRCCAUACACUCAGUUACAUUUACCGUUUAACAAGCCCGCCGUGGAAAUCGUGCGCAUCAACUCGAAUCAAACSAGCACGGAUAUGCAUAUACCAGCGUUGAGUACGCCGAAGAGCGGACGUAUGAUGGGACCACCACUUUCUAUGGUGAAGGGCAAGAAGUCCGUGGGRCACCAGUUAGGCGCUAUGGCUUCCACUGGCGGGGUGAAAUCACCGCCAAUAUCCUUGAAUGCUGUGUCUUUAGGACAUGGCAGGAAUAAUCCAUAUCGRUUAUCACCACCGGCGCUGGUAAAUCUACAAGGUCCACCAUUUAACGCGUCCAAGAAAGUCGGCGCCCUAGCUACAGAUAAUACCUAUAAGAAACCAGAGAACUUGAGCAAGACCAACGGCACUACCGAUAAGCAGUUACAGCAAUCACGCAUUAGUUUGAGAGAUUUUAGACCGAGCUCACGUGAUCAUAGCUUCGAUAUAAUUGAUGUUACCGAGGGUAUUGGCAAAGCAGAGGCGAGCCCAGCGGCUGAUACUACAGUCAGUGCCACAGCUGCUACGCCGUCAGCGCGUGAGAGUCUGGAAGCCGCUUUGAAUAAAAUUAAACAGAACAUCACUUCCACAACUACUGUGCAAGACAGUGCAGCUGCUUCCGCCGCAAAGCAACAACAGUUGCCCUCACCAACGCAGAUGAGCAACGAAGACCUACAGAAUCUACAUUUGCUGUCCGARUCAGCAACAACACGUGAGAAGAUCGCAAUACGCUCUUCGCAGUCCUAUGAGAAACCGAAGAUGCAACCAUCUUCUUUGGUGCGGCAGCAAAACGCUUCGGUGCGCAACAUACCGAAUCCCUCAGCAUUGGCGUUUCGUAAUAUGUCGACGCUGCCUGCUGUGAGCUCCACUUUGACGCCCGCAACCACGGUUGCUGCCAGCAGUAGCGCGCCCUCAACAACCUCAUCCACACCAACAACCAGUCCAGCAUCACAAUCCACACAAAAAACRUUACCGCUGAUGCCACUUCCCUUAAACAGCGCUGCUGCGCCGCUUAGUCCCGGCAAUUCUGCGUUGCCUGCCACAACCAGCGCUAGUGUAGUUAGUGCCACCAGCACCAGUAUAACUGUGGCACGCACCGUCAAGAAGCCGACAACGAUUGAUCAAGUGGCCGCUAAUUUAAACAUGCGSGCAUCAGCCGCCGCCGCGGAAGCACACGCAGCUAAAUUGAGCGCAGCCGAGGAUGUGACGCAAAUAACUUCGUCGAGUCAAAGUACUACCAGCGACCUGACAAAGGUGACGCUCACUACAACUGUGGCUUCUUCGACCACAUCUAACGAAACGUCGUCCACAGCUGCUGAGUGUGCAAAGGCGGAUGCGAACGAAGCGGCAAACGGAGUGGCUGAGAUUGCGAAAGCGAAAGUGUUGCCGAAAUCCGUAGCCGAUAGUGGUGCGACAACUGCAAUUGUCACCGAUGUCACUAACAUAGAGAACACGGCGAGUAACAGCAACAGCAACAGCAAUAACAAUAAUAAUAAUAAUAAUAAUAAUAAUAAUAACAACAACAACAACAGUAACAGCAAGAACAACAAUAAUAACGGCAAUAACGACGUCAAAUAUGGUGUGACGUCAGCUAGCGUGGCGAGUGAUUAAGAUACAGUCAGUCGAUGCGAAAUUUUCUUCGAAAUAGUAGACUCCGAAGUUCAAUAUUACUGGAGAUGGAUGGAUGGCGCUAAUGGCACUAAUGAUAUUUAAAGGGUAAAUAAUUACUAAAUAUGUAACAUACAAUACAUUAUAUAGCAACAAAAUGAAG